CACGGUCAAGCUCGCCUUGUAUGUUUCUUUAUUACAAAACCCAGAAUUUCCAACCUUCUCUCAGUUUCUAGUUCAAUCUAUCAAUCAUGGUGGCUUCAUCUUCACCGGAUCAGGCUUCUGCUUCGACCCGGAGCUUGCUGGGUUUGGGUUUCUGGGUUCAGGGUUUCAGGUGCUUUCCAUGGAUGGCCGUUAACUUUUUCUUGAAAGACGCUCUCAAUGUCGACCCCUCCACUCUUCAACUCUUGCUAAACUCAGCCAAUCUUCCCAUGAUCGGUAAGCCUCUCUAUGGCGUCGUUUCAGAUGCCGUUUAUAUCUCAGGCCAGCAUCGUGUCCCUUACAUCGCCAUUGGUGCUUUAUUGCAAGCAGUUUCAUGGUUAGUUAUUGCUUUUCUUUCACAAUCAAACAUCUCAAUCUUCAGCAUGUCCCUAUACCUCCUCCUGAGUAACCUUGGCGCUUCAAUUGCUGAGGUUGCAAAUGAUGCCAUUGUUGCAGAGAAAGGAAAGCAGACCUCUACCUCAGCUAAGAACUCUCAAUCACCUUCUUCAGGUGAACUUCAGUCAUUUGUUUGGAUGGCAUCCUCUGCAGGUGGAGUCCUUGGGAACCUUUUAGGUGGUAUUGCCAUCAACAGAUUUGCUCCCCGGUCAAUGUUCCUUGUUUUCGGCCUCCUUGUUGCUAUCCAAUUUUUCUUGACUAAUACUGUUCAUGAAAGGUCUCUAAAACUCCCCAAAAGUUCAUCAAAUGUUGGGAUUAGAAAACAGCUUGCUGAGCUUGCAGCUGCUUUACGAAAACCUGACAUUGCCAACUCUGUAACAUGGUUGGCAGCAUCCUAUGCAAUAAUCCCAGCACUGACUGGAACAAUGUUCUUUUACCAAACAGAGCAUUUGAAGAUCAAUUCAUCAGUAUUGGGGAUCUCUAAGGUAUUUGGACAGGCUGCACUCCUUUUAUGGGGUGUUAUCUAUAAUCGUCGCCUAAAGUCAAUCUCUCCUAGGAAACUUAUUUCAGGCAUUCAAGUAAUGAUGGCGGUGUUUAUGAUUUCGGACCUGUUGUUUGUGAAAGGGGUUUAUCGGGAGAUGGGGGUACCAAACUCUGUAUAUGUUGUGGCUUUUUCUGGCUUGUUAGAGGUUAUGUUCUUUUUCAAGAUUCUUCCAUUCACUGUAUUAAUGGCACAGGUAUGUCCACCAGGAUGUGAAGGUUCCGUUAUGGCUUUUGUCAUGUCAGCUAUAGCCCUUUCAUUGAUAGUGAGCGGAUACCUUGGUGUUGCCCUUGCAUCAUAUAUUGGAAUCACAGGAGAUGAUUUUUCUGGGUUGCCUCAAGCCCUUCUAAUUCAGGCACUGAGCACACUCUUGCCACUUUUCUUGUCAUCUUUUAUACCAGAUGAAGUGAAAACUAAACCCAGGAGAAAAGAGUAGCCUUUACACCAAGUCUACAAAGUCCUGGAGUGUAGAUUAGUUAGUUUGUAUUUUUUAAUUCUUUUUUCUCCUCUUAUCAUUGUUCUUAAAUAGAUAUUAACUAUAAAAUAUUAUGUGAUAGUCAACAGGCAUUGUAAUUCAAGUUUUCUCAAAAGAUGUUUUAUUAGAUUGUGUCAUUAACUUUGAAACACUUGUAUUUAUGAAAGACUUUUCAAUUCAUACAA